AUGGAGGAAGAGUCACAUAGGUUGAAUUUCGUAAGGUUCAAUCAAGAUCAACUUAGGGUUGACAUGUACAAGGGUAUCGAAGAAAAGAUUUUUAAAGGAGACACUGAGGGUAAAUCAGUUGGACAACGCAUUAUAAUUCCAGGGUCAUUCACCGCAGGUCCAAGUUAUAUGUUUAACAACGUCGUUGAUGCUCCUCAAAUAUGUAACUGGAUUGGAUUUCCAACCCUCUUCAUAGUCAUCACAUGCAAUCCUCAAUGGCCAGAAAUACAAAGGGUGUUGAAAGAUACAAAUCUCAGGCCGGAGGAUCGGCCAGACAUUCUUUGUCGUGUGUUCAAGAUGAAGCUCAAUAGUAUGAUGACAGAAAUCAAGAAGGGUUGUAUAUUCGGACGUAUUAUAGCAUAUGUAUGCACAAUUGAAUUUCAGAAACGAGGCGAUAAGCCCAAUAACCUAGAAGAAAUUGAUAGGAUCAUUUGUGCUGAAAAUCCUGACGAAGAAAAUGACCGAAAGAUGUACCAGUUGGUGGAGAAGUAUAUGAUACAUGGACCGUGCGGUCAGGCGAAUUUGAAAUCUCCCUGUAUGAAGGAUCGAGUUUGCACGAAGCGAUUUCCAAAGCCGUUUGUGCAGCGCAUUGAAUCAGAUGCACAUGUUUUUACUGUGUACAGGAGAAUGGAAGAUGGCAGAACAGUUACGAAGAAGAAGACUACUCUUGACAAUGGGUUUGUAGUCCCGUACAAUCGUAUAUUGUUAAGUAAAUACCGAUCUCACAUUAAUAUCGAGUUAUGCAACCAUAAUAAGUCAAUCAAAUACAUGUUCAAAUACGUAAACAAGGGGCAUGACCGUGUUACGGCAGCAUUUUAUGAAACACGCAAUACAAAUGGCGGUGUUGAGAUUUGUGAUGCGAUAAAGAUGUACUACGACUGCAGAUAUCUUUCGGCAUGUGAGGCAAUGUGGAGGUUGUUUAAUUUUGAUAUUCGUUGCAGAGACCCGUCCGUAAUUUGGCUAAGCUUUCAUCUCCCCGAUCAUGAGCCGCUUGUCUUCAAUGAAAACCAGUCAUUACAAAGUGUGCUGGAUAGGCCAUCUGUCAAGCAAACUAUGUUCCUAGCGUGGUUUGAAGCCAACAAGAACUAUCCACAUGCUAGGGACUCGAGGCUUGCGAAUGUUCCCCCUGGAAAGGGGGAAGACUAUUACAUUAGAUUGCUACUUAACAUUCAGAUGGGAUAUACGUGCUACGAGGACAUCAGAAAAGUUUUUGACAACGUCUACCCUACGUUCACGGAUGCAUGUUAUGUGUUGGGUUUGUUAGAUGACGACAAAGAAUACAUAUAUGCAAUAAUAGAAGUUGACAAACUCUUUGGUGGUAAGGUGGGUGUUCUUAGAGGAGAUUUUAGGCAAAUUUUACCAGUUGUGCUCAAAGCAUCAAGGCAGGACAUAGUUGGUAAUGAGGAUGUUGGGGAACAAAAUGAUGGUGAAGCUUCGAUAGAGAUUCCCGAUGACAUGUUGAUUGGUGAUUCAGAAGAUCCAUUCAGAGACCUACUGGAAUUCGUUUACCCGGAUUUGUUGAGUAACAUGUAUGAUCCAGAUUAUUUUCAAGGGAGAGAAAUUCUUGCACCAACUAAUGAAUGCAUCGAGUAUGUGAACGAUCACUUAAUCUCUCUCCUUCCAGGAGAGGAGAAGGUGUUCCUGAGUUCAGAUAGUAUGUGUAGGGACGAGCAAACAAUGGAUGAUAAUACAUAA